GGAAGGGAUGGAGGGAGGAAGAAUGGGAGGAGGAAGCGGGAGAGUUAGAAAGAGGUGCACCAACACGAUGCGCAGACAGAGACACGAGAAGAGGCGCAAGGGAAGGAGAAAUGAAGAAAGUAGGCAGAUGUGGACACAGAUAGAUAGAUAGCCAUAGCGAUAGACUUCCUCUCAUCAGCCGCGAGCGAGGGACGCAUCAUGAAGUCUCAGCAAAAGUGCAUCGUGGUCUUUGCCCUGCUGUGCUGCUUCGCCGUGCUUGUGGCGCUCAUCUUCUCGGCCGUGGACAUUUGGGGCGAGGACGAGGACGGCAUCACGGAGGACAACUGCAGCCGGGACUGCAGAGCCGUUGUGGUGGAGAACAUCCCGGAAGACGUCUCCUUCUCCAACAGCACCGCGUCCCACCUCCCGCUCUCGGCGGGGCUUUUCGGCCUCCUGGAUCGGGCCGUCCGCGUGGUGGAGAUCGUUUCGCCGCUGUGGCUCCUCAACUCCUCCGAAUACGAGUCCAGCUUACAGCCAGCGGCGAGACAGGGCGGACUUCUGCUGUCCAGGCUGCAGGCGCUCAAGUCCCAGAAAAUCCAGCUCAAGGUCUCAAGCGGGAUCGUGGACUCGGCGGAGCUCAAGACGCUCGCCGCACACGGCGCCGAGGUGCACUACGUGAACACGACGGCGCUGACCAAAGGUCGCCUCCACUCGUCCUUCUGGGUGGUGGACAGGAGACACUUCUACGUCGGCAGCGGCAGCAUGGACUGGAGAUCCUUGGCCACAAGGAAGGAGCUGGGUGUGUUGGUGUACAACUGCAGCUGUCUGGCUCUGGACCUCCACAGGGUGUUCAACAUCUACUGGGGGCUCCAGUACAAGGACUUCAUCCCCUCCUUCUGGUCCAAACGCCUCUUCGCCAUCUUCAACAAGGACUCGCCUCUGGAGCUCGCCCUAAACGGCACCAAGGCCCGAGCAUAUGUCUCCGUAAGUGAGGAAAUGGGAGGAGGAGGAGGAGAUUAUUGGAUCUGGCGUCGCGAGCUGACGCGCGUGUCGACGCUCCCAAGGUACUGGUCUCGGAUUGACGGCUUGCUCCGGGAGGCUCUGAUCCUGAGGAGGGUGCGCGUGCGUCUGCUGAUAAGCUGCUGGGAAAACACCCAUCCGCUGACGUUCAACUUUGUGUGGUCUCUGCGGAGUCUGUGCAUGGAGCAAGCCGACUGCUCGCUCGAAGCCAAGUUCUUCAACCCCAGAGUGCAGCGGGACGGCAGUCUCCGGGGGAUCAACCACAACAGGUUCAUGGUGACAGACAGAGCCAUUUAUUUAGGCAACCUGGACUGGGUGGGCAACGAGUUCACCCACAACGCGGGCGUCGGCCUGGUCAUCGGUCGGCCCGAGGGCGUCGAGGAGGAGAAGAACUCCGCCGUGGUGGAUCAGCUGCGGGCCGCCUUUGAGAGGGACUGGUUUUCCAGCUACGCCCGCUCCCUCCAGGCCAACAAGAUCCCCGUCUGCAGCAAGCGGCAGAUGGACCGAGCGGGACCGGCCAAAGACGGACAGCUGAAUGGCGAGCCGCCGCCCGUCGGGACGGGUCGGCGCGAUAGCAUUCCGGCACCCGUGAGAAACGAUCCCCAAGACGGCGCGGCGCGCGGCAAAGCGAAGCGCCGCGACGCGGUCCGGAGGGAGACGGGCGCGCCGAUGGCCGUUGGAAACCGGAGAGUCACUCGUCUUGAACAUUUACAGGCGCGGAUCAAAAGGACUGCGCCGGACCACCCGAAGGAAGCCAGCAAUCCGUGGCCCGAGAGCGCGGGGAUCUCCGACGGAUGCUUGUAAACGGCGGCGAUCCAAAGCGCAUCUUCUGCUGGAAUCAGAAUCGAGCUCUUUUGGAGCACUUUUGGCAAACACGUUACAGUGAAACGCGAGCUCGUUUUUAGAGAAGGUGACCAACGUGGACGAACUUUCCGUGUUCCUGUCGUGCCACUUCAGGUCAGCUCAAGCGUGCCGGACGGGUCGUGAGCACGUCUGCAUCACAGUUCUGACUUCAUCUCCAGCCUUCCGAUGAGGAUUCGCAUGUUCUACCCGUACUUGAUUUUGUCCGGCUUCUCUCCAAAAACGUGCAUGUUUGGUUCACUGAUGACGCUGAAUCAGGGGAGUUUUCAUUGUGGGUCGGGGUCGCCCCGAGGGGGCUGGUUACAAUGGUCAAACCACAUCCAGGACACCUAUCCCAUGCCUCCUUGCGGCACACUAUCCACAAGUUCACCAAAUGCCUUUUUUUUGGGGGGUGGGAGGGGCGCAAACCUAUUGAAACCUCAUUCGCCAUUCAUGCAUCCUUUUGGGUUCUUUCUGUAGGACGCCAAAGCCCAGAUAAGACAAAACGCACAAAAUCAGCAAGUCGGUAUGCCCAAGUGACGCAUGGCAACCGUUUUAAGAUUUUCAAAAAGAUCAAUACGACCUUGAUCGAUGAAUAAAAAGGUCAGAUAUGUGAAUUUGUCAAUACUGAUGGCCGCGAAUGUGCAGUUGUGUCAUAAUGGGACUUUUUCCCCCCAAAGCUGAGCAAUGGCGUUGCCCCGGCGUGACCUCAAAGCACUUGAUGGGCAACUCAACUCAAGUGAGGACCAUAUUUGCUCCCACGUCCCAAUGACAUUGAAGACGGAACACGUUAGAUGCUCAACCAACCGCAUUGGAAGGGAUGUUGAAGUCUCCCUUUAAAAGUUGACCGGAAAGGCUGUCUGGCUUUUUUUUUUU